AUGCCGGCGGGCGGGCUCCGCAACUCCCCGGCUCUCUCGCCCGCCCUCCCGUUCUCCUCGGGCGGCGGCGGCGGGGGCCGGGACGGCGCGGCUCACAGCGGCGGCUCUUCUGCGCCGGGCCUCGGAUGCUGCUUCUGGGGAGGCGGAGGCAGCGGCAGCGGCAGCGGCCCGGCCCGUACGGUCACCAUCGUCCGCGGCAGCAGGCGCUCGCGGGCCGAGCCCCUCAGCAGCCGGCGCCGGCGGCGGCGGCCAUGGCCUCCUGCCUUCGCUCCUCCCGCCCCCGGCGCUCUGCGGCGGCCGCGGCCCGACUUCCGCACUCUGCGCCUGCGCGCGGCCCAGCCAGCUCGGCGCGCCCCUCCCCCGCCCCCCGGCGCGCGCCCGCGCUCACUCACAAUCGGGCCCGCGGAGUGCUUUCCGCACCGCCUCCAGUGCGUGGGCGGGAGACAUAAGGCUAGCCAAGCCUAUACAGCCCGGUUCCGGCGGCUAUGGAGAGGCGUACCGCGGAGACACCUGUACGCGCACUGUGACACGCGCCAUUCUGACACACGUGCUCUCUCCCAAACACCACGGGCCGCAAGCGCUCACACCCACACUCACCUGCAGGGACCACGUGGGAGAAUUUGAAGGGCUGAUCCUGUCCCGGUGCAUUCGCAGUAGGAAUGAUACGUGAAUUCGUUUUAACCUCGUCACUGACUGGACUAGACUGUAAACUCCCUGGCGUCUGGGAUGGCUCAGCCGUGCCCAGCACCGAGUGCAGGCACUCAAACCCCUGUGGAUUCCUGGGGAGCCAGGUGCUAUGAACAUCUAGCCUGGCCUUAGAUGUCGAAAGGGCCAGUGUACACAGAAGAUACACACCCAGUGACGGGUAAGAUGUUGCAACUAUACUGGGUCAUGCUGAAAUUGUGAAGCCUCAACUUCUUCAUGUGCAAAAGAAAUUAAUGUACUGUAAUCUCGAUGUCUGUGUUGAGGACCCUCCUUGAAAAUUCAAGUCUCUGGCCUCUGCUCUUUGAAGGGUGCCUUAGACUACUUCACCAGAGUCAUAAAUCCUGUCACAUCCCAGGGAGGCAGUUCACGAGUCUCUUUGUCUAGCCUGGGUCAAGCAGUCCUCCCACCUCAGCCUCCUGAGCAGCUAGGACUACAGGCGUAUGCCACCGCAUCAGCUAAUUUUUGUGUUGAGACAAGGUAUUGCCAUGUUGCCCAGGCUGAUCUGGGCUCAAGUGAUCCACACACCUCGGCCUCCCAAAGUGCUGGGAUUACAGGCAUGAGCCACAGCACCUGGCCUAGUUCCCUUCCUUCUGUCUGUAGUAUUUGGUUGUCAACUUUUAUUCUCUAAUAGGGAGAUAAAGAUGAAAUUGUAACUUUACAUUAACACUAAGUGAUUCAUACGCGUAGCUGGUGCUGAAUAAACACUUUUCGUGGGUAAUUGAAAACAGCAAUAGAACUUAUAUUGUUUUAACACCAAAGUAAAUGUAUUUCAUUCUCCCUGGUAUGGAACUAAUACCUGAGACUAUAAGAAGAGAAAGCAUAGAAAUAAGUCAGCUUUUUUGUUUGUUUGGAAUUUUCAGAUUUUUCUGAAAACAUUUUUUAUUUCUCCACAUUUUAAGAGUUUCAAACAUAUAGAAUUAAAAGAAUAUUCUAAUGAUCACCCAUAUGCAUACCAUCUAAAUUCAACAAUUGGUAAUUUUUGCAUGUUUGCUUUAUCUAUGUGUGUGUGUCUUUUGCUAAGCUAUUUUAGAGAACUACAGACAUCAACACACUUCACUCCUAAAUACUCCAACCUGCUGCUUCUAAAAAUUUUACCAAUUACCAUUACCGCACCUAAGAAAAUGGAGUAUAGUUCUCUAAAUCCUCUACUGCCCAGUCAAUACUUAGAUUUUCUCAGUUCACCUCAAAAUAUCUCUAAAGAAGAUCCAAUCUGACAAGCCAGCUUUGCUUUUCAUCAAUCUGAGCACUUGUGACUGUUUAGAAUUACUAACAUCAGCAGAAAAAAAAUUGUAUUUUUGCUGUUGUUUUCAGAUAUUAGCUCAACUGGCACCUCUGUUCUACCCAGCUACUUUCUUUGCCUUGGUUCUGAUUAAGCCUGAGGUAGAGAGUAGUGCAAAACUGUGUGUUGUUGUUUAUGUGUGAUGAUAUUCAACUAAAUAAAAUGGACAUUGAUUGUCAUAGACAUUUGUUAGCUACCUCCUCACUAUUCUUCUCCUCUUCUUCUUUCUAAUACCAACUUGAACCUUGAAUAAACAGGUGGUCUGUUGGCCAUUGGCCAGGAAUGGGCUCCACCACUUUAUCCUUUCUCCCUUAGUGCUUAGUCCAGGGAAGGACCCAUGAGCCACACUGGGCCAAUCAGAGGUAAGACUAAACAUCAGAGGUUUUGACUGAGCUAUGGGAAGAGCAAAGUUUCUCUUUCCUGCUAGACCUAAAAAAGGAAAGCUGUAAUCCCAGGAAUUUACUGGCAGCUAUCUGGGAUACAAAAGGAAAGAACCAACUGAAGAUUUAGCCAACAGAAGAAAGAGAACCUGAGACAAAAAAGAAACCAGGACAUGGUCACGGUGUAAGAGCUCUAAGCCUUAUCUGAAGCCAGCAUGCCGACCUCCUCACCCUUUAAUUUAUAUUACCCAAUAGAUUACCUUUUUUGGCUUAAGCCAGUUUGGGUUGUGUUUUCUAUUUUUACAGUUAAGAGUCCCAAGGAAUUCAAUCCUUAUAAUUUGCUUGUCACCCAUCCCUGAGUAUAAUAUGCUGCUAUGAACAUAAGGAGGUAACUAAUAAUAAUAAUAUUAAGUACAUAAAAACGCAAUUGUACAGCUCCACAUACUAUUAUGAAAUACAACCAUUUAACCACUAUCCAGAAAUAUAAGCUUGUCCACACCCCAGAAGACCCUCACAUGCCCUUUCAUUUACACCCCAGAAGACCCUCACAUGCCCUUUCAUUCACAGCUGUCUCACUAGCCCCAAAGGUAAUCAUUUUCCUGACUUUAAUGUAGUCACUUUCUUUUCUUUCUUUGACCACCUAUGAAUUCCUAAAAACUGUAGUCUAGUUCUGCCUGUUCUUGAAUGCUAUAUAAAUUGCAUAAAAUAAUCAAGUAUUAGAUUUUUUUUUUCUUUUUUUUUCUUUUCUUUUCUGAGAUAGAGCCUCUCUCUGUCACCCAGGCUUGAGUGCAGUGGUGCAAUCUUGGCUCACUGCAACCUCUGCCUACUGGGUUCGCACGAUUCUUCUGCCUCAGCUUCCUGAGUAGCCGGGAUUACAGGCGUGCACCACCAUGCCCAGCUAAUUUUUGUGUUUUUAGUAGAGACAGGGUUUCACCAUGUUGGUGGCCUCGGACCCCUGGCCUCAAAUGACCCAUCCACCUCAGCAUCCCAAAGUGCUGGGAUUACAGGCAUGAGCCACCAUGCCCAGCCUAGAUAUUCUUUUGCGACUAGCUUUUUCUGCUUAACAUUGUGAGAUUCAAUUAUGUUCUCGUGAGGCUACAGUUAUUUCGUUUUCAUUGUAGUAUAGAAUUGUCAUAUGAAUAGAAUGUGAUUUAAUCAUCCUAGUACUUAUGAACAUUGAAUUUAUGAACAUUAAAGUUUCAGUUUGGAGCUAUUGGUAUGGUGAAUCAUGCUGCUGUCAACAUUUUUGCACUUGCCUUCCUGGUGACCACAUGUACACAUUUCCCUUGAAUUGCUGGGCCACAGGGCUACGUAUCUUCAACUUUCUUAGGUAACUCCAAACUGUUUUUCAAGGGGAUUGCAGCGCCUUGCUUGCCUAAUAGCAAUCUGGUUCCUGUUGCCCUGUCUCCCAGCCUAUGAUUGGUAUUGUCAGACCUUUUAAUUUUAACCAUUCUAGUGGGGUUUUUAACUUGCAUUUCCCUAAUUGCCAAUAAAGUUGAGCACUUUUUCAUAUUUUGGGGGCCUUUUUAGAUUUCCUUUUUGAUGAAUUGCUCAAAUCUUUUACCUAGUUUUCCCUUACGUUGUCCUUUGCUUGUUGUUUUCUUUUGUAAUUCUUUGCAUAUUAU